AUGAUGGAGCUAGGCUACGGUGAUCAGGAUCUUAUCUACGAGGCGGAGGCUAAGAGGCUUGCCGAAUCGGCUCCGGUACCCCGACCUAUGUGUCUAACGUGCAGCAAACGUCUAGCAGAGGCUUCCAUGCUACAAUGCCCACUGGCCGACCCUUUGUCAAAGUGUUCUCAGUGUGCAGAAGACAACAAGCCCUGCCACGUCGUUCCCUCGCAAUUCCGGGGCGACCUAGAGCGUAUCCAAGCUCUGGCACGCGAGUCUCAUGUCAGGCCAUCCAAACCAGUCUCCAAAUUGCUCCAGGAAGCUGUGAAGAAAUACGUCACAGAAGUUGAAACAUAUGAGCGUAAAAAGCCCACGUCAGAAAGAUAUCAGCCUUACCAGGUGCCCAGACCUACACCUCCGCCGCCUGUGCCGAUUCCUUCUCCCGGAUGUGCUACCCCUACCGCCACUCCCAUGAAUUCUCCAGCUUACGCAGAAGGGACCGUAAUCGCAAGCGCUCAAGACGUUCAAAAUAUUAAUCGGAUGUUGAAUAAUAUCGCGGAAUUAUUGGCUGAGAGGGUGGACUUACCCCCAGAAGAAGAGGACAGCGUUGGAAAGGAUUUUGUCGCAGCCUGGCUAACUGGUAACGGAAAUACUACAAACGAGGGACGCAUUAACGAAGCUGUGAAACAAAAACGUUGA